UGCCAGGUAGUGGAGGUGGUGUAUCGGAACAGAUGGCGGUGGUGGCGGGGAGCGGAUUGCUGAAUUGGCCGGUGGAGUGGAGGAGUUAACGUACGGUCUUGAGUUGGAGAGUUGGGAUCAAAGAUGAACUUUAUGAAGACUUUACGCAACUGUCCAAGAUGAAAUGAUUUGAUGCUAUUUCGCUUUGAUUUUCUCACCGAGACAGCAGCUACGGUAGUCGAGGCUACCGAGGCCUCGGCAUAAGUGGACGUGUGAUCCCGACGGGAGUUAACCAAGGACCGGUGUGAAUUCUACCUCGAACUAUUGGAAACUUUGAGGAGAUCAGUCAGUAUUACUAUCUGGAACGAUUUCAGGGAUUUAACGGUUAACUUGUUUUAACAGUAGUAUCAAAGAAACAGAUGGACAUUAAUAAAGUUAAAGGGACUAGGGACAAGGUUAGCUUAGCAUAAAUGCAUUGCUGUUAUAGACAACAGCUAGCUGACUGUGCUAGCGAGUGAGUUAGCUAGCUAACUACAUUGCAAAUGAAUGUCAAAUGAAUUGGUAACCAGUUGAUUUUUUCGGUUUUCGACAUCUAACCAGUCAGCCAGCUAUACGGAUACAAUUUACCGUUGUUUCACUCCAUUCAGCUGGCUCUGUAAAUAGGGCAUACGCUAACCCUCAUCGAUCUGCUGCACAGUGGCAGCAAUCUGGUUGGCUUCUACGACUGUUUCUUCGUGACCAUACUGGGCUUGCACAUCCUCAAAUGGACAGGAAUGUAAUAUCAACAGCUUGAAUGGGUUGUUAGUUUUGCUCGAUUUUGAUUCAGAGACUCAUGCAACCGUAGCAUAUGUGUAUGUGGUUGUAACUACGGUUCGAAGGAUAGCAAAGCAAGCCAUAAUUUGGGGGUUUGAAGGAAUUGUGCACUAGUACUGAGGGCGUAAAAUAGUAUUUGGAGUAUUCAUUGAUUGUGAUGGGGAAUACACUAUCAUGCUGCGUCUCUUCGGAAGGAAGCCCGAAGUUACCCAGGCAACCGGAGGGCCUUGAAGACUACAAAAUCAGUACGGACGUAAGUGACGACACUGGCCCGUACUUGCAGCACAUCAGCGACCGAGAGGUGCCCGAUGAGCUGGCACUGGAGUCUAACCCGUCCGACCACGCCCGGGCCAGCACCAUCUUCCUCAGCAAGUCUCAGACAGAUGUGCGAGACAAGAGGAAAAGCAACCACAUCAAUCACGUGAGCCAUGUCUCCCCUGGUCCCCUGUUGAAGAAGUACAGCUCCUGCUCCACCAUUUUCAUAGACGACAGUACGGUCAGCCAGCCCAAUUUAAAAAGCACAAUAAAAUGUGUCACACUAGCAAUAUACUACCACAUUAAAAACAGGGACUCAGACAGGACUCUGGACAUUUUCGAUGAGAAGAUGCGCCCGUUAUCGAGAGAGCAGGUACCUGAUGACUACUCACGGACGGAUCCGGAACACAAACUCAUCUACCGCUUCGUCCGGACGCUGUUCAGCGCCGCGCAGCUCACCGCCGAGUGUGCCAUCGUCACGCUGGUGUACCUGGAGCGCCUGCUGACCUACGCUGAGAUGGACAUCUGUCCGGCUAACUGGAAGCGCAUGGUGCUGGGGGCCAUCCUGCUGGCCUCCAAGGUGUGGGACGACCAGGCCGUGUGGAACGUGGACUACUGCCAGAUCCUCAAGGACAUCACCGUAGAGGACAUGAAUGAGAUGGAGAGACAGUUCCUGGAGCUGCUGCAGUUCAACAUCAACGUCCCAGCCAGCGUUUACGCCAAGUAUUACUUUGACCUGCGCUCUCUGGCCGACGACAACAACCUGAGCUUCCCUCUGGAGCCCCUGAACAAUGAGCGUGCUCAGAAACUUGAGGCCAUCUCCAGGCUGUGUGAGGACAAGUACAAAGACCUGAGCAGGGCCUCCAUGAGAAGAUCCUUCAGUGCUGAUAACCUGGUGGGCAUCCGACGCUCCAACGCCGUGCUUUCAUAGGUCCCCUGACAACCUCUGACACCGACGGCCACCCCAGAGCAGCUGACUCAUCCUUCAGAACCCUAUGGGCUGCAGCCUGCACCUUUGGCUAUCAUUGGCUGACGGUGAUGGCUUGACGUGGGUCGGUUAAGUCAGUGGCACACACUGAUCUGGAACCAGACUACAAUAACCACACACCCCCCAGCUCCAACCCCUUUCUUCUUACCUCCAAACCCUCCCUCCAUGGAAGAGACUGUUGGACAGCAAGUCCGCCCCUCGCCCUCCCUUACCGCCAGCCCCACCCCACACCCUGAGCAGAAGAACUAAACUACAUAGAGAUCAAAUACUUGUUUUGUUUAUUUUGUUGUUUUCUUGCUUACUAUGUAGGCUACUAGCUGUGAAAUUGUCUGUUUUUCAAUUGAAAUCCUUUACAGAUGGGAGUAUUUUAAAUAAACACUAAUCAUGUAA